ACCUCCCCUUUUCUCAUCUUCUUCAUUCAAUUCUCUCUAAUUCACUGUACUGCUUCUUCCUUCUCAAGGCAUCUUUUCUCUGUCAUCCCACAUAGGGUUAUUUGAGAUGGAAAACCAAAAUCUGUUGUUCGUUCAUGGGUUGGAUCUUCUUAACCCGGCAUGUAUUGGUGCCUUAAAACUUCUUUAUGGCGACAACUUUGACAACUUGGUCACUGGCUCCGUUUGCACUGCUUUCCAGGGUUAGGUGGAUCCAGUGUUGUAUUUGCUCAGAUUUGAGUUUGAACAGUUUGGGGUUGAUGGGUUCCUUAUGGUUUUCUAAUCUAUGGUGAUUUCCUUUUACUUUUCUUGCCUGGGUUCUUCUGUGCUCAUUUCUGGUCUCUUAUUUUGCCUUUUUAGUUUUUUUUUUUUUUUUUAACAGGUGAACAGCUGAAAUUUUGGUGUUUAGAUUUGGGGCCAUUAAGAGAGUAUAAAUAAAUGUUUACAUUAAUUAUGCAUGGUAAAGGAAAUUAGAGACGUUUGGUUAUGAUUUGUUGAUUCAAUUUUUACUUCAUUCGGAUAGAGCCAGAACUGAUCUUACAUCAUGCUCUUUGAUUGUGUUCAUGACUACUUUCCUUGAGUUUAGUUUGAGAUUUUAUAGUUGAUGAUUAAUGUAUGAACCGGAUUUCUUCAUUUUGAACAUCUUGAAUGAACAGAUUUGUCUACAAUUUCCUUUGGCUUUUGCUAUGGUCAAAAUCUAGGUGCUUUUUUUCUUCUUUUUUUUUUUCAUAAAUGUGAGUCUUUUUUGGGUUUGAUUUGUGAAAAUUUUGUGUACAUAAACUUGGGUUUAUUGAUGAGAUUUCUGCAUCAGAAAAAAGGAGUUGCGCCUGAAUACAGUAGUUGUAAGUUAAUAAUGCAUUGAUUGUAUU